UAAAAAAAACCAUAGUGCUUUAUAUUAGAAGCAAUGCACCACUGAAUCUGAACUCUCCAGAAGUAUGGCUCUGUUUCUGAAGCCUCUUAUCAUCUUCCUACAUGAUUCAUGGCUUGCCCUCCUCUCUCUACUGAACUAUGGAUGGAGCUCUGAAGAGGCAGCUGGAGUUCCAAAAAGGCUCCAAGCAUCCAUUAAAACGACAUGGGGGCGACAAUUGAGGAGUUCACUUAUGGUUCCACUAUUUAAGUGUUUGGUGGCUUUUUGCUUGAUAAUCUCCCUCUUAGUUUUCAUAGAGGGUGUUUACAUGAACCUAGUAGUACUCUACGUUAAGUUAUUUAAGCGAAAACCCGAAAAAGUUUAUAAAUGGGAGCCUAUGCAAGAGGACAUUGAGCUCGGAGAUGAAUCAUAUCCCAUGGUCCUUGUCCAAAUCCCAAUGUACAACGAGAAAGAGGUCCUUAAAUUAUCUAUAGGUGCUGCAUGUAGACUAACAUGGCCAUUGGACCGCUUAAUUGUUCAGGUUUUAGAUGAUUCCACUGAUGAAACCAUCAAGGAGCUGGUGAACAAUGAAUGUGCAAAAUGGGAAAGUAAAGGCGUGAACAUUAAGUGUGAGAGGAGAGACAAAAGAAAUGGCUACAAAGCAGGAGCUCUUAAACAAGGCAUGAAACAUAACUACGUGAAGCUUUGCAACUACGUAGCCAUAUUUGACGCUGACUUCCAACCGGAGCCUGAUUACCUCCAACGCUCCGUCCCGUUCCUUGUACACAACCCUAAUGUUGCUCUCGUUCAAGCCCGAUGGAGAUUCUUGAACGCAAACAAGUGCUUGAUGACGAGGAUUCAAGAGAUGUCACUCAACUACCACUUUAUGGCAGAGCAAGAAUCUGGAUCCACUAGACAUGCCUUUUUCAGCUUCAAUGGAACUGCGGGUGUAUGGAGAAUGGCGGCGAUGGAAGAAGCUGGAGGAUGGAAUGACCGAACCACCGUAGAAGACAUGGACUUGGCCGUUCGUGCUGGUCUUCUCGGAUGGAAGUUUGUCUUCCUCGAUGACCUCACGGUGAAAAGCGAGCUACCAAGCAAAUUUAAGGCCUUUAGAUUCCAGCAGCAUCGAUGGUCGUGUGGUCCAGCCAAUCUCUUCAGGAAAAUGAUUAUGGAGAUUAUUCGCAAUAAGAGAGUGACGUUAUGGAAGAAGUUGUAUCUGAUAUACAGCUUCUUCUUCUUAAGGAAGAUCCUAGUCCACUUUUUCACUUUCUUCUUCUACUGCGUUGUUCUUCCUACAAGCGUCUUCUUCCCUGAAGUAAACAUUCCAGCUUGGUCAACUUUCUUCAUUCCCUCUCUGAUCACUUUCUUCAUCGUCAUUGCUACACCAAGAUCCUUCUAUCUCGUGAUAUUUUGGGUCUUGUUUGAAAACGUGAUGUCAAUGCAUCGGACAAAGGGAACUUUCAUCGGUAUACUCGAAGGAGGAAGAGUGAAUGAAUGGGUUGUUACUGAGAAACUAGGAGAUGCUCUUAAGACUAAGCUACUUCCUCAAAUUGGAAAACCUCGUAACGGGUGUUUCGAAAGCAUGAACUCGAAGGAGAUAAUGAUGGGGAUUUACAUAUUGUGUUGCGCAUGCUAUGGACUUUUCUUUGGAAACACAUUGUUAUAUCUCUAUCUCUUCAUGCAAGCGGUUGCUUUUCUCGUCUCUGGAGUUGGCUUUGUCGGAACUUGAGAGUAUAACACUGAAAGACCUUUUGGUUCCUGAUCAAGAACUUAGUUGAUGCUUGAUGAGACGUUCUGAAGCUAUAGUUUGAUAAUUUCUUGAUCUUUUGUCUAGCUACUACGUUAGUUGUAUGUUUCGUGAAUUGAAUAAGAUGAUGAUGUAAUAACAUUUAACAAAAACAA